AUGUCGGAAAAUGCUAGUGUUUCUAGUGGCCAACCCCAGACAUUAGCGACCACCACCACCGCAAGCAAUGAGGGAACAUCAACAGCAACAACAACAUCGCCAUCACCACAAGGCUUGUCUGUGCCAUCGGGCACGAACAAAGAGGAUCGGCUUUUCCCCUCAGCGGUAAUCACCAACGACGAGCCACGCCAAACCUACUUCUCGGACCGAUUAAAGUCAAGCUCUACGUCGUGCGUUAACGAGCUCGGCGUAAGCGACAAUGCAGUGCAAAAUUCUACCAACGCCGCCUCCGUGCAACCGGAAUCGAAACGAAUGUCAUUCGCCUCGCUACGUUCGUUAGGUUCGGUAAGCAUUGCCGGCUCUGUGACUGGCCCUCAUGAUCUUGCAGCAGCGGCUACCUCCAACGAAGACUCUCAAAAGACGACUUCGGGCUAUACAAGGUCAUCAGUUUCAUCUGCAGAUUUCCCCGCCGCCUUUCGAUCCGGUCACGCUUUGUCAAGUUUGAAUCAUCCUUCUCAUGGAUUACCAACAACCCGGAACGAAACACCCUCCGAGGGACGGCGAUUGUCUCGACCAAGACGUUCAUCAAGCAGAGCUCCGAGAAGGCUAAGCGGUAGUACUGCUGCGAGCUCUGCUAGCGAAGCAGAACCUCGCCCGCCUUAUAUCGGUAGAAUUGGCGUUUGCGCUCUUGAUGUCAAGGCACGCAGCAAGCCGAGCCAAAACAUUCUGACCCGACUGCAAUCAAAGGGUGAUUUGGACGUGAUCGUCUUUGGUGAUAAAGUGAUAUUAGACGAAGCAGUUGAAAAUUGGCCAGUAUGCGAUUUCUUGAUUGCUUUCUUUUCCGAUGGCUUUCCACUUGAUAAGGCGAUAGCAUACGCGAAAUUGCGAAAGCCUUUCUGCGUGAACGAUUUGCCGAUGCAAAAGAUUCUAUGGGACCGCAGACUCUGUCUCAAGGUCUUGGAUCAAAUGGGUAUACCCACGCCUAGGAGAGUCGAGGUCAAUCGCGAUGGCGGCCCCGUGUUAGAAUCAACCGAACUCGCUCAGCAUCUCUACCACCUGACCGGCGUGAAGCUUCAAGGCCCAGAAGAUGGUGUUGGCGGCGGAGCUGUCAAGUCCCAAUCGAUAUCGUUAUCUGAAGAUGGAGAGACACUUAUAGUUGACGGUCAAACCAUUCGAAAACCUUUCGUCGAGAAGCCUGUGAGUGGUGAAGAUCACAAUAUUCACAUCUACUUUCCCAAAGAUCAACAAUACGGCGGAGGUGGAAGACGCCUUUUCAGGAAGGUUGGAAACAAGAGCUCAGAAUAUGAUCCCAAUCUUGUGGUACCCCGAUCUAUCACGGAGAAAGGCACUAGUUAUCUCUAUGAGCAAUUCUUGAGGGUUGAUAAUGCUGAAGACGUCAAAGCAUAUACGGUCGGACCCGAUUUCUGUCACGCAGAGACUCGCAAGUCUCCAGUUGUAGAUGGAGUUGUGCGGAGAAAUACUCACGGAAAAGAGUUGCGAUACAUUACCAACCUAACAAAGGAAGAAGCUGCCAUGGCGGCCAAGAUUUCAAAUGGUUUUGGUCAGCGAAUCUGUGGUUUCGACAUGCUUCGUGUUGGAGAUAGAAGCUAUGUCAUCGACGUGAAUGGCUGGAGUUUCGUCAAGGAUAACAACGAUUACUAUGACAAGUGUGCAAAGAUACUCAGAGAAAUGUUCUUGAAUGAGAGACGCAGACGGGACAGAAAUCUCGAACAAUCCGAACCUCCCUCUCCGGAUCCUGUCUCGUCCAUGAGAAGCGUUUCGGGCUCCCAUCGCAGCUCCCUCAAGACCAUUUUGAAGUCGCCAAGUAUGUCUAGGAUACACGGCUCACCGCAAGCCCCUAGGGAUCAUUCCGUGCCCCCAGACAUCAUCAGCCCAACGUCAGGACCUGCUGGAGAAAUGAUAAAAGCUUCAAUGUCCCAGUCUCGGGAAGAACUUUCACUACCAGAAAGCGGCAGUGCCUCAGCGACCCAUUCCCCAGCGCUAUCAAUCGCGAAUGAAGAAGAAAUUGUGCCGUUACCGGCUUCCAAACAUUCCUGGAAGCUAAAGGGUAUGGUGGCCGUUAUACGCCACGCUGAUCGAACCCCCAAACAAAAGUUCAAGUUCACAUUUCACAGUCAACCGUUUGUUGACCUCCUUCGAGGUCAUGAAGAAGAAGUUGUUAUCAAAGGUGAAGCUGCUCUUGCAAGUGUGGCUGCAGCUGUUCGAGUGUCAAUGGAGCAGGGACUGGAGGAUAUGGACAAGCUUAAACUUCUCAAGGUAUCACUAGAGAAAAAAGGUAACUGGCCAGGGACGAAAGUUCAGAUUAAACCGAUGUUCAGAAAGAGAAGGCCAGAAGAGAUGUCAGGAGGGAUAGAACCACCAAGCUCUCCUCAGGUUAAGAACGCUCCCCUUCCAGAAGACCCAGCUACAGCAUCUCAGGAAUCGCCAUCCGACAGCGAGAAGCUUGCACGAUCGCAAACCCGGAGUGACUCUAUUUCGGGCCCUACAUUUUCUCGAUUCUCUGCCGCUGAAAAUGAUCUGAUCUUGGAUAAACUUCAAUUGGUCAUUAAGUGGGGAGGGGAACCUACACAUGCUGCUCGGUAUCAAGCCCAGGACUUGGGUAUGACUAUGAGAGAUGACUUGAAACUCAUGAACAAAGAAGCUCUCAAUGAUGUCCGCAUUUUCACUAGCUCGGAACCGAGAGUUAGUACAAGUGCACAAAUCUGGGCUUGUUCCUUCUUGGAUGAGAAAGAGCUUCCAGAAGACUUCAUUCAAGUGCGAAAAGAUCUAUUAGAUGAUUCUAAUGCAGCUAAAGAUGUUAUGGACAAAGUGAAGAAGAAACUGAAACUCUUGCUUCGAGAAGGAUCCGCACCAUCUCAAUUCACCUGGCCAAAAGACAACUUUCCAGAGCCAUCUGUAGUCCUUGCCACUGUGGUGCAACUGAUGAAAUAUCACCGCGUCGUGAUGCGACACAAUUUCCAUCGGCUUGCACGUUCUGAUAUUGUUGAUGUUCCUGGAAACCCGCCUAAGAACCCUGACAGCCCGUCCGUGGAUUCGAUACAAGGUCGUUGGUGUACGGGUGAAGAUGCCGAGUUGUUCAAAGAGAGAUGGGAGAAACUCUUUGCAGAAUUCUGCGAUACAGAAAAAGUCGACCCUAGCAAGAUUUCAGAGCUUUAUGACAGUAUGAAGUUUGACGCACUACACAAUCGUCAAUUCUUGGAGUGGGUUUUCAUACCUCCUGACGGCUUUAAAGUCAAGGAGCAGAGCGGAUUACCAUCACAACAACUCAUCGAAAGCGACAAGUUCGAAGAAAAGACCGAUAAUGGCACGUUGGCCGAGAUAAUCAGUUUCAAGAAGAGAGCUUUGAGCAUUGUGGAGUCCCGACGUUUUGGACGCUUGGAAGACGCCUACGAUAACUACUUCAAGCUGCAUGGCAAUCCAAACUCCAAACGAAAAAAAUCCGAUGAGCGCCUUGUUAAACUACGAGAGUUGUACAAAUUGGCCAAGGUCCUUUUCGACUACAUCACGCCUCAGGAAUAUGGAAUCAAGGAUAGCGAGAAAUUGGAAAUUGGACUGCUUACCUCGUUGCCAUUACUGCGAGAAAUUGUCCGCGAUCUUGAAGAAGUCCAAGCAUCGCCUGACGCCAAGUCAUUUUUCUAUUUCACCAAGGAGUCGCACAUCUACACUUUGUUGAAUUGCAUUCUUGAAGGCGGUAUUCAAACCAAGAUCAAACGAAGGGCAAUUCCAGAGCUCGAUUACUUGUCACAGAUUUGCUUCGAGCUCUACGAAGCCAAAGAUAGCGAGACAGAUACAUUCUCGUACUCCAUUCGAAUCUCCAUCAGCCCUGGAUGCCACGCCUUUGACCCACUGGAUGUCCAAUUAGAUUCUCGCCAUGCUAUUGGGUGUGCUCCUCGCAGAAGUCUAACUGCGCAUCAGGAUUGGAAAGAAGUAAUUGAGACUCUGAAAGCGAAGUUUGACACAGUAAAACUACCGAAGAGCUUCAUUGCGGUCAAUCUCAGUGACAAGCAUGCUUAUUGA